GCUAAUGGCCAAUAAAGAAGCGAUUAUAAUUUACAACAAGGACAACAUUGUAGUCAUGUACUCCAUUGCUAAGAUUAUGGGAAGAAAACAUAUCACAAAGCUACAAAUGAGGGGCUUAGGAUAUUUAUCAUUUGAAGACAACAGAGUAGCAUGUACGGAGUCCAUCUUUGCUGUCACAAUCACAGAUUACAUACCGGGCAUUCCAGGGAACUCAAUACCAUGAGAAAAUGUUAACAUAACAGCACCUGCACUACUAUAUAAAUUCCUUGCUCCCUCUGAACUUCUCAUCAACAUUCAAACACAAAAAUAUUAGUAUCACUACAAAGGUACGACUCGCGAAAAAUGGCCAUGACAUUUGAUUGGAAGCUUGCUUUUGUUGCUGCUCUUCUAGUGUUUGGAAUGCAGGAUUUUCAAGCCACAUCUCGCGGCUUGUAUGAAACAUCAAUGGUUCAAAAACACGAGCAGUGGAUGACACGCUUUGGGCGUGUAUACAAAAAUGACGUAGAGAAGGCAAAAAGAUUCAAAAUAUUCAAGGACAAUAUUGACUACAUUGAUUCUUUCAACAAGGCUGGUACCAAGUCUUACAAGUUGGACAUCAAUGAAUUUGCUGAUUUGACGAAUGAUGAAUUCAGAGCCACUCACAACGGGUAUAAAAUGCCUUUUCAGAAGAAAUCCCCUGAAAUCACAUCAUUCAAAUACGAGAACGUCACUGCUCCAGCUACUAUGGAUUGGAGAUUGAAAGGUGCUGUUACUGGAAUUAAGAAUCAAGGACAGUGUGGAUGUUGCUGGGCCUUUUCUGCAGUAGCUGCAACAGAAGGAAUCAACAAGAUUAAAACUGGUAAAUUGAUUUCUUUAUCCGAGCAGGAACUCGUGGACUGUGACACGAGUUCUGAUAUGGGAUGUGAAGGAGGUCUGAUGGAUGAUGCUUUUAAGUUUAUCAUCAAGAACCAUGGGCUUACUACUGAAUCCAAUUACCCAUACGAGGGAACGGAUAGCACUUGCAAAACCGGAAAGGAAUCUAACCAUGCUGCAAAGAUUACAAGUUACGAAGAUGUUCCAGCUAACAGUGAGUCUUCUCUACUAAAAGCUGUAGCUAACCAACCUGUAUCUGUCGCGAUUGAUGCUAGUGGAUCAGAUUUUCAGUUUUACUCAAGUGGUGUUUUUACCGGAGAAUGUGGAACUGAGUUAGAUCACGGUGUUACAGCAGUUGGAUAUGGUGAAGCUAGUGAUGGGACGAAGUAUUGGCUAGUGAAGAACUCGUGGGGAACUAGUUGGGGCGAGAAUGGUUACAUUAGAAUGCAAAGAAAUGUCGAUGCUGAGGAAGGACUCUGCGGAAUUGCUAUGGAAGCUUCUUAUCCAACUGCUUAA